UCCAUAUAAUCUUGAUUAUUUUUCCCUCCCUCCCUGGAUCUCUAACUCUCUUUUGUCUGAUCAUCACACCAUCAUCUAAAUUUGUAUACAUAUAACAACAACAAAGAUCCUUGUUGAAGAAAAUGACUCCAGCAAAUACAGGUGGGCAGUUUGGAGACACAACUUACACAAAAGUGUUUGUGGGGGGUUUAGCCUGGGAGACGCAGAAAGAAACCAUGAAGAUGUAUUUUGAGCAGUUUGGUGACAUCCUGGAAGCUGUUGUUAUUACUGAUAAGACCACCGGCAGAUCCAAAGGAUAUGGCUUUGUAACUUUUCGUGAAGCGGAGGCAUCCAUGAGAGCAUGCGUGGAUGCUGCACCUGUGAUCGAUGGAAGGAGGGCUAAUUGUAAUCUUGCUUCUUUGGGUGUCCAAAGAUCCAAGCCUUCCACUCCAAAACAUGGAGGAGGAGGGAAGAGCUUUAGGGUAAUGAGCGGUUUCCAGGCGACAGGAUUUCAAAGUGGGAUGGGAACAGCUUUUGCUUCACCAACAACCUACCCUCAUUAUGCCAUUCAACAAGGCAUCCCUUACAACCUUUAUGGGUACUCCCCAUACUCAGCAGACUACACUUAUCCUACGAAUUACUAUAGUGUGUAUGGAGGGGCAGCUCAUGCUCAAUAUCCCUUGUAUGGAGCUGGGGGUACUGGUGGAAUGAUCACUGGUGCAGCUGCGGCAGCUGCAGCCUUUUACCCUUACUUGAACUUCGGGGAAGGAACCACCGGAGGAACCCCUGCAGGCGGCUAUACUGGAGGCCAAAGCUAUGGAGUUCAGUACCCGCACCAUAACCUCUAUCAGUACUCAUCACUCAACUCCGCUGCUGCUGCUUAUUCACAGCAUUAUGGUGCUCCAAUGUCUCUUGCUACUACUCCCGGAAUGCAAUCAGGUGGAAUUGUGAAGAACACUCUUCGUCCCCCCAUUCCAGUACGGUGUGAUAGUGAGUGGAAGAAUUUGAUGGAACAAUGCUGGUCCGCUGACCCUAAUGUCCGACCAUCAUUUACUGAGAUAACUUAUUCUCUACGAUUGAUGUCUGCAAAAUUGCAAGGAAAAGGACCUAGUCUGCUCUCAGUCAGGACUACAGAGGAUCGUGUGUAUUGGAACAAGGAAAGUUCAGGCCUUUAUUCGGUUCAUAGUGCAUACAGGUGUUUGCAAGCUCAGAAGGAAAUAUGGAGGGUGGAGGAUAAUGAUAGUGUGUGGCGGAAAAUCUGGAGAAUUAAGGCACCUCCUAAGGUGUUGAAUUUAUUAUGGCGCGCUCUGUCAAAUGUUUUACCAUCUAAAACCAUUUUGCAUCAAAAAUUUGUGCCUAUUGAUCGUAUCUGCCCAGUGUGUAACAGAGAGGAGGAAUCUAUAAUGCAUGCUUUGGUUAGUUGCUCUUUUGCAGAUCAGUGCUGGGACCUUGCUGCUCCAGAACUGAGGCGACAUAACGGAGCUGAUUUUUACACAUGGCUGUCUAAAGCUCUCAGUUUUAGUGAUUUUGACAGACGUGCAGAAAUUGCCCCUGUCUGUUGGGCAAUUUGGAAGGCUCGAAAUAGCCUGGUUUGGGAUCAAAAACACUCUCAGGUGAAUAUUGUUGUCUCAUCAGCAAAGCAGUACCUUGUACAAUGGAAACAUGUCCAAAGUUAUUCAUCAAAGGCUCUAUUCCGGAACUCGAUAGAGGGAGAUUGA